AUGGCGGAAGAAAGUCAUUGCAUGCAUUUUGUAAAAAGAAAGAAGAGAUUUUGUCGUAUGUCUGUUAAAAGAGGGAACAAGUAUUGCGGCGAACAUCAAGGAAAUUCAUUGGACUCUACUGGCAUCGACGAUGAGAAGCUCGAUGACAAAAGAAUGAAAUGUCCGCUCGAUCCUAAACAUACUUGCUACAAGUCGAGGUUGGCCAAGCACUUGAAAGUGUGUAACGCAAAGCGAUUACUGGACUCGCAACCUUUAUUUAUAGUGAAAGGAAUCAAUGUGGACAAGACAUGCGAAACACCGCAACACGUACCGCUCCGCGAACUUAAUCAGCUUUUGAUAGACACUGUCAUAAAUAAAGCGGAAGAGGCCUAUGGGAAGUUGCCACAAUUUCCAAAAGCAGUAUUGGAACAUAACAUACUCAAGGACAAAAUAAACGAUGAAAGUUGUGGGAAAGCUGUUAAGAGACAUUUAUUACAAGCUUCAUCCUUGUUAUCACAUUUAGAACAUGCAGGUCUUGUAAAAGAUGAUACAUGUUUCAUUGAAUUCGGAGCAGGAAAGGGUAAACUGACUUAUUGGCUGGGACAGAUGAUAAAGGAUAAGAAGAAUAGUUGUAUUCUGUUGGUAGAUCGUUCAAGUCACAGGCAUAAAAGCGAUAAUAAAUUGAAAAACGAGCAAUCUCCCCUUGUGAUAAAAAGAAUUCGAGCUGAUAUUGCUGACUUGAAACUGAAUGAUAUUACAGAAAUUAAGAAGUUUGAUCGUAAAGUUGGUAUUGCAAAACACUUGUGUGGAUCAGCUACAGAUUUAACUAUAAAUUGCUUGGUCAAAGCAAUGCAAAGCGAACAUAAAUGUAACAUUACAGGCUUGGUAAUUGCAUUUUGUUGCCAUCACAGGUGCGAAUACGCAUCGUACGUUGGGAAACAAUAUUUAGAACAAUGUAGAUUUACAGCUGAUGAAUUUACAAUUUUAUGCAGUAUCGCUAGCUGGGCAACUUGUGGAUCCACUUUAAAUAAAUCAGCUGCAAGUCAAGAGAGCCAAAAUGAUUUUGACAAUGCAAGAAUAGGUGCAAAGAAUUUAACUUCAAGCGAAAGGGAAAGGAUCGGCCAAAAAGUGAAGUCGUUAUUAAAUUGGGGUCGUUUGAAAUUCUUGGAAAGCAUUGGAUUCCAAAGCAAGUUAAUUUAUUACACCACUACUGAUGUAUCUCUCGAAAACAUGUGUAUUGUAGCUACAAAAGAUGCAACAUAAUAAUUUAUGAAAUAAAUUGUAUAAAUAGAAAUAAACUGUAAUAAAUUCGAUUUCAAACAGCGUUCAAUGUGCUUAAUUACUUC